GUCGGCGGCGGCGCGGCGGCGUCCAGCAGCCAUGGCCGGCGGGGCGGUGCGGCCCUGCGCCACGAGGCGACGCCGGCGCAGCAGGGCACGAGGCUCCUCCCGCAGAUGCUGCGGCCGGAGCGCCUCGAGCUGGAGGACUUCAGGGUGUACGGCUCACCGCUCGGCAUCGGUUCCUACGGCAGGGUCUGCAGGGUGGCGCACGCGGAGACCUCCGAUCCCUUCGCCAUGAAGGUGGUCCCGAAGCGGAAGCUCCGCGAGCAGAGCAUGGCGCCGUACCUCCUCCGAGAGGUGGAGACCCAGAAGCGGCUCCGUCACCCGAACAUCCUGAUUCUCCACGGGGCGUUCGAGGACGACGAGUACGUCUACAUCCUUCUGGAGCUCGCCCAGGGCGGCUCGCUGUUCGACGUCCUGAAGCACCGGGGCCACCUCUCAGAGAGGGAGGCCGCAGGCAUCUUCACCGACAUCGCCAGCGCAUUGGAUUUUCUGCACAGCAGGGGAAUUGUCCACCGCGACGUGAAGCCUGAGAACAUCCUGAUGUGCACAGGCGACGUGCCCAAGCUGGCCGACUUCGGCUGGUGCGCCGAGCUGACCGACAGCAGCGGGCCGCGAAAGACCUUCUGCGGCACCUGGGACUACCUCUCGCCGGAGGUGGUGGACAACCAGCCGCACGACCGCGGCGUGGACGU